ACAACAAAAAUGAGCUCAUACAAGGGUACAGCAGUGCGUCUAUUAAAAUGCUUUUGUGGCUGUCAAGAUAUGACCGUCGAAGAAGUUCAACGAAUAUAUUAUCUCACCCUCCAGGCAACGUUGAUCGAUCGACCAGCUUUGAAAUUAUUUAAAAGUUACUUAGAAAGAAAUCGUCGUGGUGAUAAAUCACUGGCCGAACAAUAUAUUGAAGUCUAUGAAUUGUGCGGGGAAUAUAUGAAACCACAUGUUGGCGUCAUUACCCUCGAUGAAUUGGAUGAAUUAGUUGAUCUUGGAUUGCCGCGUGAUUUAGAAAAAGAAUUAACAGAACAAAUAAAAACUGGUGAUGGUCAUAAAAUAACACGAUGCCUAUUGCGAGUACAGGGGACACUACGAAAUGCCAUCGAAGAGAGUGAAGAAUACAAAGGAUAUCGAGAUGCUUUGGCCGAGAAAUUAAAUUUACUAUGA